AUGUCUUCCUUUCGACGAAGCGGGCAGUGUGUCCUGCGUCAGGUUCGAGCCCGAGCAGUUGCAGGAAAGGCUUCGCGCCCGGCGAAGCCAACAGGGGCGGCACAGGCGGACCCGCGGGCCAGGAGCUUCGAAGAGCGCGGCUUCGAGGCGGCCCGAGAUCGGCGCCGGCUGCGGCCCUACUGGCCCCCACCAGAGGGCGAAGGUUUGGAGCUCCCUGGAGGCCGCAAGCAGGUGCAGGUCCUCACCGCCAAGAGCGACGUCGACGGAGCCCUGGAGGCCCAGCUUGCCUUCCUGACGCGCGGCGGGCACCGGCUCUUCUACCUCAACGAGGAGGAGUUGGCGGAGCUGGAAAAGCUAGCGCCACGCAUCUCCGAGUACUUCGAGCUCUGGGAGGAGAAGGCCAAAGAGGCAGCGGAAAGUGAGGAUAGCAAGCGUCUGCACAAAGAGCUGCAGCAGCGGCCGCUGGAGUGA